AUGCCUCGCAGAAAACGUAGAGACGUUGAGAAUACCUUCAUCAGUUCAAAUGAUUCCAUGUCUACUACGAUAGUGGAAAGGCUGUCUGCUGUUGAAGAGCCAGAGAGGUACACAUUCGACUACAAGAACUGCUCUGUUUUUCACUGCAAGAAAUGCAAUACUGUUUUGGGAGAUUCACUUGGCGUGUGUGGCGAGGAUAAAUUCCUCGAUUCCAUAAUCUGUCUCAAGGUAACUGAAGAUGUGAUUGUAAAGGACAAGGUUGAGUUUAAUUCGGAAGGACAUUUGGCCUAUUGCUCCUAUAAUGCUCUCCACUGUUCUGGUUGCCGUCGCUUUGUGGGUGUGGUCCUUAAUUCAACACCAGCGCAUUUGAGUGCUCUAAGAAAGCUGUUCCUAUUGCAGAAAAAACAGAUUAAUUGCUACAUGUUCAAAAAUGGCACAAUGGUGAAAGCUUCAAUGGUCAGCUUUGAACACAAACCUAUGGGCAAAAGAUUUAUUGAGCUGAGACGAGAGCUGGAGGCUCAGCUAAAACAAAUAGAGUGUUUGAAGGAGAUGGUGGGAGGACAGACAUCUAAGCAACAGAGACAAGAACAGAAUCUUACCUGA